AACUAGGGUGGUUGGGGGGCGGGGAAGAUGGAGGAGGACGGGCUGGCCUGCCCUCGCCACCCAGUCCAGCAUCUGCCCGCCCUCCCCAGGGCGGGGAAGGAGGUGGACCAGCUUCCCUGAGCCCCUGGGAGGACAGGCUUGGGGGAGGGUGGCCAGGAGAUGGGGGGCAGUGGCGGCCACAGCAGCGGCUUCGGGAGGUGAUCGCCUGGUUUCCAUUAGGGAGCCCUGGUCCACAUUUCGGGCAAGAAGGCAGAGCCGGGGCUGGCUAUGUGGCCAAGCCCCCUGCUGCUGGUCCUGUUGCUUCCCUGGUCCCCCGCCCCCGGCAUGGAGGACGCCGCCUUUCCCCACCUCGGGGAGAGCUCGCAGCCCACACCCCGGGCCUGUCCCCCACGCUGCUCCUGCCCCCAGCCAGACACGGUGGACUGCGGUGGCCUGGACCUGCAGGUGUUCCCGGACAACAUCACCAGGGCAGCUCAGUACCUCUCCCUGCAGAACAACCAGCUCCAGGAGCUCCCCUACAAUGAGCUGUCACGCCUCGAUAGCCUGCGGACCCUCAAUCUCUACAACAAUCUCAUCUCCUCAGAGGGCCUGCCUGAUGAGGCCUUUGAGUCCCUCACACAGCUGCAGCACAUCUACGUGGCCCACAACAAGCUCUCUGUGGCCCCCCAGUUUCUGCCCCGCUCUCUUCGAGUGGUGGAUCUAGCUGCCAACCAAGUGACAGAAAUUUUCCCACUCACCUUUGGGGAGAAGCCGGAGCUCAGGUCUGUGUACCUCCACAACAACCAGCUGAGCAAUGCGGGCCUGCCCCCUGAUGCCUUCCACGGCUCCGAGGCGGUUGUCACCCUCAGCCUCUCCGGCAACCAGCUCAGCUAUGUGCCUCCCAGCCUGCCACCCUCAUUGGAGCGUCUCCACCUGCAGGACAACCUCAUCUCCAAGGUACCCCGAGGAGCUCUGAGCCGCCAGACCCACCUCCGUGAGCUCUACCUUCAGCACAACCAGCUGACGGACAGUGGCCUAGACGCCACCACCUUCAGAUCUCUCAGCUCAUCAGCCCCAAGAUGGAAUCUCCAGCUUGUAUCUCAGCACCACUCCUUAACCCCCAGCCCCAAGAUCUGUCUGGCCCUGACUCUGGUUGCCCAGCCUGAUGCCAGGCCUCUCUCUCCUGCCAGCAAGCUGCACUGCCUCGAGUACCUGGAUCUGUCCUACAACCAGCUGGCCAUGGUGCCCACCGGCCUGCCCCGCACCCUGGCUGUGCUGCACCUGGGCCGCAAUCGCAUCCAGCGGGUGGAGGUGGCCCGGCUGCAUGGGGCGCGGGGCCUGCGCUACCUGUUGUUGCAGCACAACCAGCUGGGGACAACAGGGCUGCCUGCUGGGGCGCUACGGCCACUGCAGGGCUUGCACACACUGCACCUAUACAGCAACGGGCUGGACCGCGUGCCUCCCAUGCUGCCCCGCCGCCUGCAGGCCCUGGUGCUGCCCCACAACCAUGUGGCCACACUGGGCGCCCAUGAUCUGGCUGCCACACCAGGCCUGGCUGAGCUCAACCUGGCCUACAACCGUCUAGCCAGUGCCCGUGUGCACCACUGGGCCUUCUGCCCUCUGCGUGCCCUGCGCAGCCUCAACUUGGCUGGCAACCAGCUGACCCGGCUGCCUGGUAGCCUGCCCAGUGGCCUGCACACAUUGCAGCUACAACGCAACCAGCUACGGGCCCUCGAGCCUGAGCCACUGGCCGGCUUGGACCAACUGCGGGAGCUCAGCCUGGCACACAACCGGCUCCGGGUUGGUGACAUUGGGCCCGGCACCUGGCAUGAGCUACAGGCCCUCCAGGUGCUGGACCUCAGCCACAAUGAACUGUCCUUCGUGCCUCCCGACCUGCCAGAGGCCCUAGAGGAGCUGCACCUGCAGGGCAACCGCAUCAUUCUCAUCGGUCCUGAAGCCUUCCUCAGCACGCCGUGCCUGCGUGCCCUCUUCCUCAGAGCCAACAGGCUUCACAUGACCAGCAUCGCGCCUGAGGCCUUCCUGGGCCUUCUGCACCUGCGAGUGGUGGACACGGAGGGUAACCCUGAGCACGUCCUGGUCCAGCUGCCUCCCACAGCUCCACGUCACCCACGGGCCGGGGGGCCCUGAGCCUGGAGGGGCCCAGCGGUGCAGCUGAGACCCUGGGGUUCCACUGGGCUGUGGACUAAGGAAACAGUGCCCAUCGAGGGCAAUGACCUAGCUCUCCCAGGCUCAAGGGCUGGUCCACCAGACCUGCGCUGGCCAGGAAGCUGGCACAAGGGCACUGCUUCUACACACAGGAAGCACUGGGAGGAACUAAAGCAUGCAGUUCGCCCACCAGGAACACAGACCAUGCUGGCCCGGCUAGCGACAAUAAAGCCUACCCCUUUCACUGCUUGCAGCUGACCUGGGGCCCAUCACACCUUGCAGUUUCCCCUGCAUCCAGCUGGGGAAACUGAGGCUCUGGGAUGGUAUGUGGGUCAGGCAGUUUGGUACAGGUCCCAAAGCCAGUGAGCGGCAGGGCUAGAUUUCGAGGCCCUGAGAUACACGUGGGCCACCAAGCACCACCACAUAUGACCUGACCACGUAUGUAAACCCAAGGCCACUAGAUGGAGAAAUACACGGUGUGGCAGAUGCCUUCAAGCAGGCCACAGACCCCAUGGCAGACGCACAGACCUCCACAAGUAUUCCCGCAGCAAGGGUGUGAGGUGAACAC